AACAGCACAACACACACAGACGCUCCUCAGACACUAGUGAAUCAGUCUUCGGUUGACGAUCAGUCAUGGCAAACACGGGUCUUCAGGUGAUGGGUCUGGUCCUGGGCGUAGCAGGCUGGGCGUUCGGGAUCCUGGUCUGUGCCGCCCCCUGGUGGCGCGUGUCGGCGUUCGUGGGGGACGAGCUGGUGGUGUCUCAGGUGCUGUGGGAGGGGCUGUGGAUGACGUGUCUGUCGCAGUGGGGCCGCCUGCAGUGUAAAGUCUAUGACUCCGGCCUCGCCCUCUCAGGCUCCGCCCAGACGUGCCGCGCCCUGUGCGUGCUGUCGCUGCUCCUGUGUCUGCUUGCGCUCAUGCUCAGCGUGACCGGGCUCAAGUGCACCCGCUGCCUGGGCGACGCGCACGAGACCAAAGCUCGGCUGGUGCGGGUCGGUGCGGCGCUCUUCGUGGCGGCUGCGUUUUUCUUCCUUUUGCCAGUGUGUUGGACCGCGUAUGUCGUGAUACGCGAUUUCCACGACCCGAACGUCGCCGCCCCGCUUAAACGCGAACUAGGAUCGGCGCUCUACCUGGGAUGGGGCGUGACUGUGCUGAUGCUGGUGGGCGGGGCUUUGCUGUAUUUAGGCUCCACCUCUCCUGGAGUUCCAGCCAUGCCUGUUUUUGGAAAAGGCGCCAAAAGAAACCCUCCGUCCACAGCAGAGAGCAAACCGGAGAAGGUCUUUGUGUAAGUGAGCGUAAAAGACUCAGCCUGGAUAAACUGUGUCCUAGUGCUCACCUAGAAGCCUUAAUCUGCAGAAAUGCAGGAAUAUUAUCAUUUACUCACUAUUAUGUAAUUCAAAAACUGUACUCUGUUAUUUUUUUUUCUGUGGAACGCAAAAGGAGAAUUUUGCAUAGACUUUAUGCAGCUUUUUUAUUUGAUUUUAAUUAGCUCUUUAUUAUCCAUUUUUAUAGACAUUUGUAUUUGCUCUGCUGAAAAAACAGCUAUGCUAGUUAGCUGGUUUUAGCUGGUCAGCAGGCUGGUUUUAGAGGGGUUUUGGCCACUUGUUUAGCUUGUUAGGCUGGUCUUGGCUGGUCUGGGGUACAUUUUCCAAAAACAACUAUGGUCGCAAGUUCUGUCGUUAUCAAUAGAGUUCAGUGGAACAAACGACAAUAGUUAGCUGACAAAGCUUUUGGGGAAUGCACCCCAGGCUGGGAGACCAGCUGGAACAACCAGCUAAAACCAGCUAAGACCAGCUAAUCAGCUUAGGCUAGUUUUAGCAGGGGGUUUUUUUCAGCAGGUAUAUCAUAAACAUACAGUAAGCCUACAGAUUAUUCACAACACACAGAAACAUUUAUUAAUUAUGUUACUCUUAUGAUACUUUUGAAAAUGCUU